AUGGACGUCUGGAACGGCAAUCUACGACUUGAUGAUAGUAAUGAGAUACGAGACACAGACAUACGAAUAAGCGCACCUUCAGCGAAACACGGUUUAUCAAACGAUUGCACCCUACAGUUUCUCUCCCACGUCGAUACCCUACGAAUACCACUACAUUCAAUAUGUGGAGCCCGGCUGGACGUAUGGACUACAGACGCCGAGACCGAAACAUGGUUUAGCAACCUGCUUCUGAGGAGCGACCAUACACAAGACCAGGAGCAAGAAUGGUGGCAGAGUGCUAGUUUGGAAUCACCUUUGGGCAUACUAGCCGCAGUAGAAGUUGCAGACGCAAGCAAGACAUCCCAGCCGAGAAUAACGGAAAUACUCUUCUAUGCUGCCAGGAAGCACGCCCAACAAGAUCUCGGCCCACCACCGCAAAAUGAAGCUUCCUCUCCAGCACCUGAACUCGAACUCUACGCUCUUCCUCUAUCUUCCGACUUGCUACUCUUCAACGACGCAGAUAUCACACCACCUGCUUCACCAGUCUUGGGUGCUUCAGAUCCAAGCAUAGCAAAUGGCCGCUUCAUCCCUCGACCCUGGGACGAACCAACCCUCCGCCAAAGACGCAAAACCGCCCUCGACUCAACCUUCUCCGCCGCCUCGGACCGCAGAAAACGACCCUCGGGCGCCUCUGUAUCCGCAGCUGCCGCAUCGGCCCAAAACAGUCCUUCCUUGCUACCCUCGCUACCACGUCUAAAGUCCGAAGCAAGCAGAGGUUCUGCACCCUUACUCACCAGACCGAAAAGCAGAAGCCCCAGUAUCGCUAGUUUGCGUCGCGAAACCACACUUCCAGAACAACGACGAGUAGCUUCUGGUCUCUCUCAAGCCACACCCGCGCCACCUCCCUCGGAAGCAGAACUCCUGCAACAAAAGAACAAGGAAAUGGUAUCGAAAGUCGUGUUGGCUGGUCUCCGCGUCUGGGGCUUUACAGCAUCAAAGCGCAAGAAACGUCUUUCCACUUCCACUUCUACAGCGCCGGAACCUCCAGCAGACGCAGCAGAAGAAGCCAAAGAAGAAGAAUAUAAACUCCUCUACCACCACGUCUACAAGUCUACUUGCUUUGCCUUCCGAGCAACGAUCUCAAAGGAGGAUUUGAGUGGAAAAGAGUUUGCGGAUAGAGUGAGGGAUACAGUGGAUGCUUUGUUGGUCAUCUUAUGUAACGAUCCCAUGGAGAGAAGGGAUGAAGAGGUACAAGGAGGGGAAGGCGGGUUCAAAGGUGCCGUUGUUCGGACGCCUGGGGGAGAGAAGGGUGAAGAGGAAGGAGGGCUGAGGUGA